AUGGCAGCUCUCAAACUCGGCUUCAUGGCUCUAGCCCCAGCGCUAGCUGCCGCUGCUGAUAUUCCCCUGUGGGGACAGUGUGGUGGUAUCGGAUGGCAGUCUGCCGGCUCGGCUUGCACUUCAGUAGCUACUUGCACGUCGUUUAACGACUACUACUGUUGCUCCAAGCCCGUAACCGUCUCCGCUACGCCCACGACAACCAACAGAGGCAGCAGCUCGACCUUUUCAACCUCCAUCAAGCCAUCCAGCAGUAGCACUGAAUCUACCGGCUCCAGCACACAGUCUAGCUCCGUGCCCGUCCCCACCUCUACCUCUGCCAAAUACCUCAUCUCCUUCGGAGACUCCUACUCCCAAACCGGCUUCGACAUCAACGGCUCCAAGCCCUCGUCCUCUAACCCGCUUGGCAACCCCCCUUUACCCGGCUGGACCGCCUCAGGCGGGCUCAACUGGGUCGGCUUCCUGGCCUCUCAGCUCAACACCUCGCUCACGCUCUCUUACAACUUCGCUUCGGGCGGAGCCACCACGAACGCCUCGCUCGUCGCGCCGUACGCGCCCACCGUGCUCAGCUUUGUGGACCAGGUGGCCCAGUUCAGCGGGAGCAUUGCCAGCCGUCCUGCGUACGCGCCGUGGAACAGCGAGAACAGCCUGGUGGCGGUCUGGAUUGGAGUGAAUGAUGUGGGCAACAGCUGGUGGAUGAGCGACUCGGAGAUGGAUGCGUUGUAUGGACAGAUUAUGGAUAGUUAUUUUGGACGGUUGCAGGUGUUGUAUGAUGCGGGGGCGAGGAACUUUGCGCUGUUGGGUGCUGCUCCCAUUUACUACACCCCUUCCACGAUCGGCCAGGGUGCCACUACCGUCGCUACCCAAAAGGUCGCUAUCGCCAAGUACAACUCUCUCCUGGCUUCUCGGUUUGAUGCCUUCCUUGAGGUCAACACCGAUGUCACAGGAAAGCUCGUCGAUACCGUGGCGCCCUUUGAGAAGGCCAUCAAGAACCCGACGGCGUACGGAGCGCCCGAUGCUACUUGCUUCAACGAGGACGGCGUGAGCUGCCUGUGGUUUAAUGACUACCAUCCUGGUGUGCAAAUCCAGAAGUUAGUCGCGCAGGCGGUUAAGAGUGCCUUUACUGGUACUUUCUUCUGA